AUGGUGUCAGAAAGGACAAUCGCGAUUGGUAGGGCCGCAUAUUACAAUCCACGCAACCCGAGGGUACGGUUUCACCAGGUUGAGGCCGUUCUUGCUACCCGACACACCACUUCCCAAGCCACUCGGUUUUCCUAUAUUGUCCAGCAUCUUCCUUGUGAUGUAGCAACAGAAGUUGAAGAUCUGUUGGAAGAUAUUCCUAAGGAAAAUCCGUAUGACGCCCUUCGAGCGGCCGUCAUAAGCUUGGCAAGGACAUUGCUAAGGAUCGACUGUGCCAGCUUCGCUGGCGCGAUUCUUCCGGAGAAUGGCCCCCAGAUUAUCAGUCUGUUUUCCCUUAGGCGCCUGUCCACUAGAGACGCUGCGGCGGUUUUUAUAGCCGCGUCAGAAAGCUGUAUGACUUUGCCGCAAGCAAUGGGGCCCGGUAUGGAUAUCGCGAGGUAUCGGUUCAGCGAAGCUGUUUCCUGUAUUGGUGACACACCCUUCCGUAACGCAAAACAGUGCUGGUUCUUCGGUCGCUGGAUAAACGCACAAUACCAC